CCCCAGGCCCGAGCCAUAAGAUCCGCCGGCCGCCCGGGGCUCGGGCCGGGGAAGCGCGAUGGCGACUUGGCGGCGGGACGGCCGGCUGACGGGCAGCCAACGGCUGCUGUGCGCGGGGCUGGCGGGGGCGCUCAGCCUCAGCCUCACCGCGCCGCUGGAGCUCGCCACCGUGCUGGCCCAGGUCGGCGUCGUGCGCAGCCGCGCCCGGGGGCCGUGGGGCGUGGGGCUCUGCGUCUGGCGGGCCGAGGGGCCCCGCGCCCUGUGGAAGGGGAACGCGGUGGCCUGCCUGCGCCUCUUCCCCUGCAGCGCCGUUCAACUGGCUGCCUACCGCAAGUUUGUUGUGCUGUUCACGGAUGACCUGGGACACAUCUCCCAGUGGAGGUCCAUCAUGGCUGGGAGUCUUGCGGGCAUGGUUUCCACCAUCGUGACAUAUCCUACAGACCUCAUCAAAACCCGGUUAAUUGUGCAGAACAUGCUGGAACCAUCUUACAGGGGGAUCCUCCAUGCUUUUUCUACUAUUUAUCAACAGGAAGGGUUCCUGGCCCUUUAUCGAGGGGUGUCCCUUACUAUUUUAGGUGCUCUCCCUUUCUCUGCUGGCUCCCUUCUAGUUUACAUGAACCUGGAGAAAAUCUGGAAUGGACCCCGAGAUCGGUUAUCUCUCCUCCAGAACUUUGCCAAUGUCUGCCUGGCUGCCGCAGUGACCCAGACACUCUCCUUUCCCUUCGACACGGUGAAGAGAAAGAUGCAGGCUCAGAGCCCCUACCUUCCCCACUGUGGAGGAGUAGAUGUCCAUUUCUCAGGAGCAGUGGACUGCUUCCGGCAGAUAGUGAAAGCCCAAGGGGUCCUGGGGCUCUGGAAUGGAUUGGCAGCCAACUUACUGAAGAUAGUUCCAUAUUUUGGAGUUAUGUUUGGCACCUUUGAGUUUUGCAAGAGAAUCUGUCUUUACCAAAAUGGCUACAUCGUGUCUCCUCUGAGCUAUAAAUUGACCCCAGGGGUGGAUCAGAGUUUGAAGCCCCAGGAAUUACGGGAAUUAAAGAAGUUUUUCAAAACUGGACAACUAAAGUCUAAAAAACCAACUCUUUAAAACUGAAUGGAGCUAGAAGUGCACUGACUGAAGGUGUGUUGCAAUCAGAGAGAAAUGUAGCCUCAGAAUUGUGCACGCGUGGAGUGACAAGAGGGUGCUCCUGUCUGCUGCUCUUGGAAAUGAGAAGAUUCGGCCAUACCUGAGCUCCAAACUGAUGGCCCUGUAAACACCUACGCCACUGAGGGUUUCCCAACAUGACCGUCGCAGGAUGGCAUUCCACCAGAUUUUACAACAAAACCUAGCAGUAGUGAAAUGUGCAAUCUACACUCUGAAUGUAAGUAGGCAAUUUACACAACACCAAAGAAAGGGCAUUGCCAUGACUCUUCAGAGCAACAUGUAGUUGAAGUGGCUGGGCAGAUACCACGCCGGGAGCUCCGCCACAGGCUCACAGCUUACACCAACCCACAGCAGCCUAGUUUCACCCAGAUUCACUCCAGGCUUCCUGGAGUGAAUUCCUGAUACAGUCCUGGAACUCAUAAUCUUUGCUGACUUCUGAGUGCACACACCGUGGUGUAAAUUAUGCCUUAUCAGAAACUAAAUGAAAACAUUUAACAUUUAAAAGUUACCACUGUCGAGGAGGAAAACAAGAUGGCGGAGUAGAAGGAUGUGCUCUCACUCCCUCUUACGAGAACACCAGAAUCACAACAAGCUGCUGGACAGUCAUCGAAAGGAAGACACUGGAACUCACCAAAAAAGAUACCCCACAUCCAAAGACAAAGGAGAAGCCACAAUGAGAUGGUAUGAGGGGCACAAUCACAGUAAAAUCAAAUCCCAUAACUGGUGGGUGGGUGACUCACAGACUGGUGAGCACUUAUACCACAGAAGUCCACCCACUGGAGUGGAGGUUCUGAGCCCCACAACAGGCUUCCCAACCUGAGGGUCCGGCAAUGGGAGGAGGAAUUCCUAGAGAAUCAGACUUUGAAGCCUAGUGGGAAUUGAUUGCAGGACUUUGACAGGACUGGGAGAAACAGAGACUCCACUCUUGGAGGGCACACACAAAGUAGUGUGUGAAUCGGGACCCAGGGGAAGGAGCAGUGACCCCGGGAGAGACUGAACCAGACCUACCUGCCAGUGUUGGAGGGUCUCCUGCAGAGGCGGAGAGUGGCUCUGUUUCACCGUGGGGACAAGGACACUGGCAGGAGAAGUUCUGGGAAGUACUCCUUGGUGUGAGCCCUCCCAGAGUCUGUCAUUAGCCCCACCAAACAGCCCAGGUAGGCUCCAGUGUUGGGUUGCCUCAGGCCAAACAACCAACAGGGAGGGAACCCAGCCCCACUGAUCAACAGUCAAGUGGAUUAACGUUUUACUGAGCUCUGCUCACCAGAGCAACAGUCAGCUCUACCCACCACCAGUCCCUCUCAUCAAGCCUCUUAGAUAGCCUCAUCCACCAGACGGCAGACAGCAGAAGCAAGAAGAACUACAAUCCUGCAGCCUGUGGAACAAAAACCACAUUCACAGAAAGACAGACAAGAUGAAAAGGCAGAGGGCUAUAUACCAGAUGAAGGAACAAGAUAAAACCCCAGAAAAACAAUGAAAUGAAGUGGAGAUAGGCAACCUUCCAGAAAAAGAAUUCAGAAUUAUGAUAGUGAAGAUGAUCCAGGACCUCGGAAAAAGAAUGGAGGCAAAGAUCAAGAAGAUGCAAGAAAUGUAUAACAAAGACCUAGAAGAAUUAAAGAACAGACAAACAGAGAUGAACAAUACAAUAACUGAAAUGAAAAAUACACUAGAAGGAAUCAAUAGCAGAAUAACUGAGGCAGAAGAACGGAUGAGUGACCUGGAAGACAGAAUGGUGGAAUUCACUGCUGUGGAACAGAAUAAAGAAAAAAGAAUGAAAAGAAAUGAAGACAGCCUAAGAGACCUCUGGGACAACAUUAAACGCAACAACAUUCGCAUUAUAGGGGCCCCAGAAGGGGAAGAGAGAGAAAAAGGACCAGAGAUAAUAUUUGAAGAGAUUAUAGUCAAAAACUUCCCUAACAUGGGAAAGGAAAUAGCCACCCAAGUGCAGGAAGCGCAGAGAGUCCCAUACAGGAUAAACCCAAGGAGAAACACACCGAGACACAUAGUAAUCAACUUGGCAAAAAUUAAAGACAAAGAAAAAUUAUUGAAAGCAGCAAGGGAAAAACGACAAAUAACAUACAAGGGAACUCCCAUAAGGUUAACAGCUGAUUUCUCAGCAGAAACUCUACAAGCCAGAAGGGAGUGGCAUGAUAUACUUAAAGUGAUGAAAGGGAAGAACCUACAACCAAGAAUACUCUACCCGGCAAGGAUCUCAUUCAGAUUCGACAGAGAAAUCAAAAGCUUUACAGACAAGCAAAAGCUAAGAGAAUUCAGCACCACCAAACCAGCUCUACAACAAAUGCUAAAGGAACUUCUCUAAGUGGGAAACACAAGAGAAGAAAAGGACCUACAAAAACAAACCCAUAAAAAUUAAGAAAACAGUAAUAGGAACAUACAUAUUGAUAAUUACCUUAAACAUGAAUGGAUUAAAUGCUCCAACCAAAAGACACAGGCUCGCUAAAUGGAUACAAAAACAAGACCCAUAUAUAUGCUGUCUACAAGAGACCCACUUCAGACCUAGGGACACAUACAGACUGAAAGUGAGGGGAUGGAAAAAGAUAUUCCAUGCAAAUGGAAAUCAAAAGAAAGCUGGAGUAGCAAUACUCAUAUCAGGUAAAAUAGACUUUAAAAUAAAGAAUUUUACAAGAGACAAGGAAGGACACUACAUAAUAAUCAAUCCAAGAAGAAGAUAUAAGAAUUAUAAAUAUAUAUGCACCCAACAUAGAAGCAACUCAAUACAUAAGGCAACUGCUAACAGCUAUAAAAGAGGAAAUCGACAGUAACACAAUAAUAGUGGGAGACUUUAACACCUCACUUACACCAAUGGACAGGUCAUCCAAAAUGAAAAUAAAUAAGGAAACAGAAGCUUUAAAUGACACAAUAGACCAGAUAGAUUUAAUUGAUAUUUAUAUGACAUUCCAUCCAAAAACAGCAGAUUACACUUUCUUCUCAAGUGUGCAUGGAACAUUCUCCGAGAUAGAUCACAUCUUGGGUCACAAAUCAAGCCUCAGUAAAUUUCAGAAAAUUGAAAUCAUAUCAAGCAUCUUUUCUGACCACAAUGCUAUGAGAUUAGAAAUCAAUUACAAGGAAAAAAACGUAAAAAACACAAAUACAUGGAGACUAAACAAUAUGUUAGUAAAUAACCAAGAGAUCACUGAAGAAAUCAGAGAGGAAAUCAAAAAAUACCUAAAGACAAAUGACAAUGAAAACAUAACGAUCCAAAACCUCUGGGAUGCAGCAAAAGCAGUGCUAAGAGGGAAGUUUAUAGGAAUACAAGCCUACCUCAAGAAACAAGAAAAAUCUCAAAUAAAGAAUCUAACCUUACACCUAAAGGAACUACAGAAAGAAGAACAAACAAAACCCAAAGUUAGUAGAAGGAAAGAAAUCAUAAAGAUCAGAGCAGAAAUAAAUGGAAUAGAAACAAAGAAAACAAUAGCAAAGAUCAAUAAAAUUAAAAGCUGGUUCUUUGAGAAGAUAAACAAAAUUGAUAAACCAUUAGCCAGACUCAUCAAGAAAAAGAGGGAGAGGACUCAAAUCAAUAAAAUUAGAAAUGAAAAAGGAGAAGUUACCACAGACACUGCAAAAAUACAAAGCAUCCUAAGAGACUACUACAAGCAACCAUAUGCCAAUAAAAUGGACAACCUGGAAGAAACGGACAAAUUCUUAGAAAGGUAUAACCUUCCAAGACUGAACCAGGAAGAAACAGAAAAUAUGAACAGACCAUCACAAGUAAUGAAAUUGAAACUGUGAUUAAAAAUCUUCCAACAAACAAAAGUCCAGGACCAGAUGGCUUCACAGGUGAAUUCUAUCAAAUAUUUAGAGAAGAGCUAACACCCAUCCUUCUCAAACUCUUCCAAAAAAUUGCAGAGGAAGGAACACUCCCAAACUCAUUCGAUGAGGCCAGCAUCACCCUGAUACUAAAACCAGACAAAGAUACUACAAAAAAAGAAAAUUACAGACCAGUAUCACUGAUGAAUAUAGAUGCAAAAAUCCUCAACAAAAUACUAGCAAACAGAAUCCAACAACACAUUAAAAGGAUCAUACACCACGAUCAAGUGAGAUUUAUCUCAGGGAUGCAAGGAUUCUUCAGUAUACGCAAAUCAAUCAAUGUGAUACACCAUAUUAACAAAUUGAAGAAUAAAAACCAUAUGAUCAUCUCAAUAGAUGCAGAAAAAGCUUUUGACAAAAUUCAACACCCAUUUAUCAUAAAAACUCUCCAGAAAGUGGGCAUAGAGGGAACCUACCUCAACAUAAUAAAGGCCAUAUAUGACAAACCCACAGCAAACAUCAUUCUCAACGGUGAAAAACUGAAAGCAUUUCCUCUAAGAUCAGGAACGAGACAAGGAUGUCCACUCUCACCACUAUUUUUCAACAUAGUUCUAGAAGUCCUAGCCACGGCAAUCAGAGAAGAAAAAGAAAUAAAAGGAAUACAAAUUGGAAAAGAAGAAGUAAAACUGUCACUGUUUGCAGAUGACAUGAUACUAUAUGUAGAGAAUCCUAAAAAUGCCACCAGAAAACUUCUAGAGCUAAUCAAUGAAUUUGGUAAAGUUGCAGGAUACAAAAUUAAUGCACAGAAAUCUCUUCCAUUCCUACACACUAAUGAUGAAAAAUCUGAAAGAGAAAUUAUGGAAACACUCCCAUUUACCAUUGCAACAAAAAGAAUAAAAUACCUAGGAAUAAACCUACCUAGGGAGACAAAAGACCCAUAUGCAGAAAACUAUAAGACACUGAUGAAAGAAAUUAAAGAUGAUACUAACAGAUGGAGAGAUAUACCAUGUUCUUGGAUUGGAAGAAUCAAUAUUGUGGAAAUGACUACACUACCCAAAGCAAUCUACAGAUUCAAUGCAAUCCCUAUCAAAUUACCAAUGGCAUUUUUUACGGAACUAGAACAAAUCAUCUUAAAAUUUGCAUGGAGACACAAAAGACCCUGAAUAGCCAAAGCAGUCUUGAGGGAAAAAAACAGAGCUGGAGGAAUCAGACUCCCUGACUUCAGACUAUACUACAAAGCUACAUUAAUCAAGACAAUAUGGUACUGGCACAAAAACAGAAAUAUAGAUCAAUGGAACAGGAUAGAAAGCCCAGAGAUAAACCCAUGCACCUAUGGUCAACUAAUCUAUGACAAAGGAGGCAAAGAUAUACAAUGGAGAAAAGACAGUCUCUUCAAUAAGUGGUGCUGGGAAAACUGGACAGCACAUGUAAAAGUAUGAAAUUAGAACACUCCCUAACACCAUACACAAAAAUAAACUCAAAAUGGAUUCGAGACCUAAAUGUAAGACUGGACACUAUAAAACUCUUAGAGGAAAACAUAGGAAGAACACUCUUUGACAUAAAUCACAGCAAGAUCUUUUUUGAUCCACCUCCUAGAGUAAUGGAAAUAAAAACAAAAAUAAACAAAUGGGACCUAAUGAAACUUCAAAGCUUUUGCACAGCAAAGGAAACCAUAAACAAGACGAAAAGACAACCCUCUGAAUGGGAGAAAAUAUUUGCAAACGAAUCAACAGAUAAAGGAUUAAUCUCCAAAAUAUAUAAACAACUCAUGCAGCUCAAUAUUAAAGAAACAAACAACCCAAUCCAAAACUGGGCAGAAGACCUAAAUAGACAUUUCUCCAAAGAAGACAUACAGAUGGCCAAGAAGCACAUGAAAAGCUGCCCAACAUCACUAAUUAUUAGAGAAAUGCAAAUCAAAACUACAAUGAGGUAUCACCUCACACCAGUUAGAAUGGGUAUCAUCAGAAAAUCUACAAACAACAAAUGCUGGAGAGGGUGUAGAGAAAAGGGAACCCUCUUGUUCUGUUGGUGGGAAUGUAAAUUGAUACAGCCACUAUGGAGAACAGUAUGGAGGUUCCUUAAAAAACUAAAAAUAGAAUUACGUAUGAUCCAGUAAUCCCACUACUGGGCAUAUACCCAGAGAAAACCAUAAUUCAAAAAGACACAUGCACCCCAAUGUUCAUUGCAGCACUAUUUACAAUAGCCAGGUCAUGGAAGCAACCUAAAUGCCCAUCGACAGACGAAUGGAUAAAGAAGUAGUGGUACAUAUAUACAAUGGAAUAUUACUCAGCCAUAAAAAGGAACGAAAUUGAGUCAUUUGUUGAGACGUGGAUGGAUCUAGAGACUGUCAUACAGAGUGAAGUAAGUCAGAAAGAGAAAAACAAAUAUCGUAUAUUAACGCAUGUAUGUGGAACCUAGAAAAAUGGUACAGAUGAACCAGUUUGCAGGGCAGAAGUUGAGACACAGAUGUAGAGAACAAACGUAUGGACACCAAGGGGGGAAAACCACGGUGGGGUGGGGAUGGUGGUGUGCUGAAUUGGGCGAUUGGGAUUGACAUGUAUACACUGAUGUGUAUAAAAUUGAUGACUAAUAAUAACCUGCAGUAUAAAAAAACAAACAAACCAAAAAAACAACUAAUACUAAACUUUCUUUGGGUUAUUUGUAUGGAAAUAUGUUAAUAUAAAUGUUUCAGACAUUACAUGAAAUUUCUAAAAAUCUUAUAUGUUCUGGUAUAAUGUUAUAAGUCAUAAUUCUAGUUAUUACCUUAAUAUGUAUAUCUCAGAAAUAACUAAAUUUCCUUGUCAAUUGCAUUAUUAUGAACUUUCAUCAGAUCUUUAACCGUGGUCAUUUUUAAGUCUUCUGUCAUUUACAGACAGUUCUGGGUGUACUCUGAUGCUUUUGCAAAAAUGUUCCUAUAAAAGGGUUUCAUCUUCAAGGAAUUCAUGGAAAAGACUGACAAGUACAGGUUUCUGGUAACUGACUAUACUGCUGAACUGAAUGAAUAAGCAUUUUCAGAACUCUAAUGGAAAACUGAUGAAUUCAUAAAAGUGCUAACAAAAGAUCAAGAUGAAAAAAAAUUAAUUACAUGGGACUGAGUGAACUGAUGAGGAUGAUUAUAAUUUUUGUGACUUUCUGUUUGAAUAAAAAAAAAAUCCCACAAGGACUCAGAGGCAAAAAAUAUACAAAUCAGUUUUCACUGCAAAGUAAAGGAGCUGUUACAGUGGAGGAUUACUGGACUGAAUGUCAAUAUUAUGACAUAGUAUGAGUGUGUUUCGUGUGUGGUAAUUGAAAUCACUGUUGCUUUUGUUGUGGUCAUCCAUUUACAAUGCUUGGUGUCAGUUUAUCUCUUGUAAAAAUAAAAUACAGUGUGUGUGUGUGUGAAAAAAUAAAAAUAAAAAAUAAAAAUGUGGAAACUGAGAAAAAAAAUAAAUUACAAAAAAACAAAAAACAAAAGUUACCACUGUCAUAGUAGAACCAUCCUUCUUUAUUUAAUUUGAAGCAUCCUAGGCUUAGAAUCUUGUGUUUCUGGAAGGUAGUUUAUACCAUGACUGCUUCAUCAUGCCCCAGAAGACCUUCUUUCAGUUGAAGUCAUGUAUAGUUCAAGUGGCCUGAAUUCUCUGCCUUUUUUACUUGCUUUACAAGCCUACCCUGAAAAUAAAUUAUUUAGUCAACUUAUUCUCACAACAUGUCCCAGUUGCCUAGAAAGGAUCAAAUAGAACAUUGGACGUACACACACACACACACACACACACACACACACACACACACAA